CAUCUGAAAUACGUUACGGAUAAGAUACAUAAAGGUACACCUAACUAGAUUUAAGCCUCAAAAAACUCUCUAAAAUUUUUCACGUAUCUCUCUCUCUUUUUUUUCUCUUUCUCUCUCUUUGUGCCUGUGUCGGUGUACAUAGAUCUUGUUCACACUGCACGCACUUCAUUUCUGUGCCACAUCUUUAUUUCUUUAUCAAGUUUGGAUUUUUCAGCUGAAAAAAUAAGUGGGUAUCUUUUGUUUUUUCAUUUUCUGUUGAAGGUAGCUAAAGGGUAAUUGUUUUGAGGUAGGAUCUUUGGUGGGGUUUUGAAAAUGAGGGUAUUGGGUUGGAGUAGUGUCAUUAUAUGAUUGUGGGUGGUGAAUGGUUUUUUCUAUAGUUUGGUGAGUUUUGUUGUUGUUUUGGUUUAUAAGGGAAGUUGUAUGUGGGAUCUUAUUUUGAUUCUAUGUUUUGUGAAGAGAAGAAUAAGGUGGGAUUGUUGUGCUUUUGUUAUAAUGUGUAGGUGUAGAUGGGGAAAAUGUGGAUGAUUUAAGGUGAAAAAGUUUGUGUUUUUUGAGUUUUUUUUUGUUGGAGAUUUUUUUUUUUUUGAGGGUUUGUUUGGUUUUUACUUGAUCUUUACCUCAUAGGGAUUUUUUGGAAAAUUUGUGGGUGUCAGAAGAAAAUGCAGCAAGAUCAUAGGAAAAAGAAUUCGACUGAGAUGGACUUUUUCUCUGAAUAUGGCGAUGCCAACCGGUACAAAAUUCAAGAAGUCAUUGGGAAAGGAAGUUACGGCGUUGUCUGUUCUGCCAUUGACACUCAUACCGGUGAUAAAGUGGCCAUUAAGAAAAUUCACGACAUCUUUGAGCAUAUAUCUGAUGCUGCACGUAUUCUCCGUGAGAUAAAGCUGCUUAGACUUCUUCGACAUCCUGAUAUUGUUGAAAUAAAACACAUUAUGCUGCCUCCUUCUCGAAAGGACUUCAAAGACAUUUAUGUUGUUUUUGAGCUCAUGGAGUCCGAUCUUCAUCAAGUCAUUAAAGCCAAUGAUGACUUGACGAAAGAGCACUAUCAGUUUUUUCUUUAUCAAUUGCUUCGAGCACUGAAGUAUAUCCACACUGCGAAUGUCUACCAUCGAGAUUUGAAGCCAAAAAAUAUACUGGCAAAUGCAAACUGCAAACUUAAAAUUUGUGAUUUUGGACUAGCUAGAGUUGCCUUCAGUGACACACCAACAACUAUAUUUUGGACGGAUUAUGUUGCUACAAGGUGGUAUAGGGCUCCAGAGCUAUGUGGAUCAUUUUACUCAAAGUAUACGCCAGCGAUUGAUAUAUGGAGUAUAGGUUGCAUUUUUGCCGAAGUACUAACAGGAAAGCCACUUUUUCCUGGAAAAAAUGUAGUCCAUCAGUUGGAUCUGAUGACAGACUUGCUCGGGACUCCCUCACUGGACACUAUAUCUCGGGUGCGUAAUGAGAAGGCAAGGAGAUACCUAACUAGCAUGAGAAAAAAACAGCCUGUGCCAUUUGCACAAAAAUUUCCCAAUGCCGACCCUUUAGCACUACGACUAUUGGAAAGGUUACUUGCGUUUGACCCGAAAGAUCGACCUACUGCUGAAGAGGCAUUGGCCGACCCUUACUUCAAGGGACUAGCAAAAGUCGAGAGAGAACCGUCUUGCCAGCCUAUCACCAAAAUUGAGUUUGAAUUUGAAAGACGGAGAGUCACAAAGGAAGAAAUUCGAGAGCUAAUUUUCCGCGAGAUUCUAGAGUAUCAUCCUCAACUUCUGAAAGACUACAUUAAUGGAACAGAGAGAACUAAUUUUCUAUAUCCAAGUGCUGUGGAUCAAUUCAGAAAGCAGUUUGCUCAUCUAGAGGAAAAUGGUAAAAAUGGUCCCGUUGUACCACUUGAUCGAAAGCACGUUUCUCUUCCAAGGUCAACAAUUGUACAUUCAAAUACGAUACCGCAGAAAGAGCAAACAAGUAUUGCUUCCAGCAAAAACCGGCAUACACCCGAGGAAUAUAAUAAGAUAUGUAGAGAUACUGAAAUUCCAAUGCCAAGGCCUAUACAGGGACCACAAAGAAUUCCACUAGCAAAACCUGGUAAAGUUGUCGGGCCAGUUGUUCCGUAUGAAUAUGGAAAUGUUGUUAAGGAUUCUUAUGAUCCAAGGGCGUUUAUAAGAGGUUCUGUGCUUCCUCCUCAACCUGUUCCGCCGGCUUAUUACUAUCAAAGGCCUGGUAGCACUGCAAAUCAAGAAAGGCCAACAGCGGAAAGUGAUAAGGGUGUGGUUUUGCAAGCGAAACAUGGACAACAAUGUGGAGUUGAUUCCAAACUUGGACCAGAUAUAAUCAUUAAUAUCGAUCCAAAUCCAUUUUACAUGACAAGGGUAGGAGUGAACAAAUUAGAAAAAGAUGAUCAAAUUGCAAUAGAAACAAACAUGUUGCAAUCAAAGACUCAAUAUGGUGGAGUUGGUGCUGCAGCUGGUCCCCCGGCUCAUAGAAAAGUUGGUCCUAUUCAAUAUGGUAUGACAAGAAUGUUCUAGAAGGGAAACCAAUUCCCUGGAGUAACUGCGUUGCUUCUCGAUUGUCUGAUCUAAGUCAAAAGUCGAGAAUGUUUAGAAUUGAUUUAAUGAAUCUGUAAUCUGAGCCUUCCGAUCUCAAACCGAUGAUCGAGAUUGAUUACUGCGUGUAACUGCGCGGUAGUAUUCCUGCAGGGAAUCCGAAUCUUCUAGGAGAGGGUUUUCUUGUGAAUAUUUGUUUAAGGGAGCAUAAGAAAGGCUCUUUGAAGGGAAGGAUCUUUGUGGUCAUUGUUUGUACAAAGUGAGGGAGUGUGAGGACCAUUGUGGUAAUACUUUCCGUAGAAGGGUUAGCUUUCAAUGGUAAAAAAGCUAUGAACUUUGGUUAACAACUAUCAAGAAACUGUAACAUUGAAAUUGAGUUCUAUCUUGUAUGUCAAUACAUAACUUUCUUCUAGGUGUUUGUAGUGAAAUCAAUACCUUAAAACCAAUCAUGUGGAUGUUUUUUAAAUUAGAUGAAUGAGAUCCUUCAAACUUAGGGUCA